UUGUGUAGAAAUAAGUGGUUUCCAGAGGACAGCCCCAAUGACAGAACUGUCUGCGCAUUUACCCCAGUUUCAGCAUGGGCAGCUGACAGAAAACUUUCCUGAUAACCACCUCAGCAAUACACAAGAGUCCCUGGCCUCUGCUCUGUUUAAUACUGAUCAGAAUGACAACAGUGAAAGACGUCGCCAUGAUAAUAGUGAGCGCAGAAGAAAUGACAAUCCCGAGUCUGAGGCCAAUGGGCAGCCACAAAACAACACUCGGCAAGUGGUGGAACAAGACGAAGAAGAAGAUGAGGAGCUGACACUGAAAUAUGGGGCAAAACAUGUGAUUAUGUUGUUUGUACCUGUCACGCUUUGCAUGGUGGUCGUUGUUGCAACCAUCAAGUCUGUCAGCUUUUAUACACGCAAGGACGGACAGCUCAUCUACACUCCUUUCACAGAAGAGACAGAGACAGUAGGACAGAGAGCCCUGAAUUCAGUUCUCAAUGCUGCUAUCAUGAUCAGCGUCAUCAUUGUCAUGACCAUACUCCUGGUUGUGCUUUACAAAUACAGGUGCUACAAGGUGAUCCAUGGCUGGCUUAUCAUUUCUUCUCUUCUGCUGCUUUUCUUUUUCUCAUUCAUCUACCUGGGUGAGGUUUUUAAGACCUACAAUGUUGCUAUGGACUACAUUACAGUGGCACUCAUGAUCUGGAACUUUGGCGUUGUGGGGAUGAUCUGUAUUCACUGGAAGGGGCCACUUCGGCUUCAGCAGGCCUAUCUCAUUAUGAUAAGUGCUCUCAUGGCCUUGGUGUUCAUCAAGUACCUGCCAGAAUGGACUGCAUGGCUUAUCCUGGCUGUCAUUUCAGUGUAUGAUUUGGUUGCUGUCCUAUGUCCUAAAGGUCCUCUUCGUAUGCUAGUUGAAACAGCUCAAGAGAGAAAUGAAACUCUCUUCCCAGCACUUAUUUACUCCUCAACAAUGAUCUGGCUAGUGAACAUGGCUGAAGAAGAUCCGGAAUCCCAGCGGAAAGCUUCCAAAAACUCCACUUAUGAUAAACAAGCUCCAGCAAACCAGUCUCAGAAUGAAGAUGCUGAAGCAGAUGAUGGUGGCUUUAGUCAGGAAUGGCAGCAACAAAGGGACAAUAGAAUAGGACCCAUUGAAUCAACACCUGAAUCUCGUGCUGCUGUUCAGGCUCUACCCAGUAACUCUCAAACAAGCGAAGACCCUGAAGAACGAGGAGUAAAGCUGGGCUUAGGAGAUUUCAUUUUCUACAGUGUCCUUGUUGGCAAAGCCUCUGCCACAGCAAGCGGGGACUGGAAUACAACUUUAGCCUGUUUUGUAGCCAUAUUAAUUGGUCUGUGCCUUACACUUCUGCUUCUUGCCAUCUUUAAGAAGGCCUUACCAGCUCUUCCAAUCUCCAUAACCUUUGGGCUAGUUUUUUACUUUGCUACAGAUAACUUGGUGCAACCUUUUAUGGACCAGCUAGCGUUCCACCAGUUUUAUAUCUAG